AUGAAUUUGAAUAAAAUACUAUUGUCGAUAUUCUUAAUUGCUCCAACGAUCGAUGUUUGUAGAACGGUCAGUACUAAAUUGCCAGCACUUUAUUACGGGAAUCAAGGUUGGGCUAUGAGAGAAAUUGAAUAUAUUUCAUCAUGGAUCGGUAUACGUCCAAUAGUAAUAUUACUUUUUACUGAUUGGUGUAAUACAUCAAUGAAUAAUUUAUUCAACUAUCAGCUGAAUAAUAUAUGGAAUAAUCAGAGUAUUCCAGUGAUUACAUGGGAAUUAUUUGGUUGUGGUGGUAGUAGUCAAUCGGGUAUAAUGCAACUUGUUCGGAAUAAUACAUAUGACACAUACAUAAACCAAUUUGGAGAUCGUUUGAAAUUGUGGUUAGCCGGAAAUGAUGGUGUUUUAGGUAGCAAUGAUGAUCGAAGGGCAUAUCUUCGAUUAGCUCAUGAAAUGAAUGGAAAUUGGUAUCCGUGGUCAAUGGGUUCAACUCCGCAAGAUUUCAUUUCGGCAUGGCAUCAUAUACAUGAUAUAUUCACAAACAAAAGUUUAGAUUCGACGAGACUUCAAUGGAUUUGGUGUGUGGGUAAUGUUGAUGUUGGUAGUUACACAGCCGAAAAUUAUUGGGUCGGAGAAAAUUAUGUUGAUUGGAUGGGAAUUGACGGAUACAAUUUUGGUACAAGUCAAAGUUGGAGUUCAUGGUUAAAUCCAAAUCAAAUUUUCGACAAUAUGAUCACAUGA